AUGCUAGUCGCGCCGCGCCGCGCCGCCGGCAGCGCGCGGGCUUUGGGCCUCUUCGCCGGCGUCGAGGCCGUGCCCCAGGACCCGAUCCUCGGCCUCGUCGCCGAGUUCAAGGCCGACGCCUUCCCGGCCAAGGUGAACCUCGCCCAGGGCGCCUACCGCACCGAGGGCGGCGAGCCGCUGCUCCUCGAGGCCGUCAGGGAGGCGGAGCGGCGCGUCGUCGCCCGGGGCGCGUCGAAGGAGUACCUGCCCGUCGAGGGCCUCCGGAGCUUUGUCGACGCGGCCGCGGCGUUCGCGCUCGGCGCCGACUCGCCGGCGCUCCUCGACGGGCGCGUCGCGUCGCUCCAGGCGCUGUCGGGCACGGGCUCGCUGCGCGUCUGCGCGGAGAUGCUCCGGGACGUCGCCGGCGUCGCCGAGGUGCACCUGCCGCGGCCGUCCUGGGCGAACCACGCCGCGAUCUUCGCCAAGGCCGGGCUCGCCGUCGGGGACUACGCGUACCUCGACGCGACGCGGACGUCCCUCGACUUUGAAGCCAUGGUCGCGGACCUCGAACGGCUCCCGCCCGACUCCGUCGUCCUCAUGCACGCCGCGGCCCACAACCCGAGCGGCGUCGACCCGACGCGCGACCAGUGGCGGGCGCUCGCGGACCUCUUCGCGGAGAAAAAACUCGUCCCCCUCUUCGACACGGCCUACCAGGGCUUCGCGUCGGGCGACGAGGAGGCCGACGCCUUCGCCGUGCGACUCUUCGAGGCCCGGGGCCACGCGCCCAUCCUCUGCCAGUCCUUCGCGAAGAACCUGGGCCUCUACGGCGAGCGCGUCGGCGCGGUCCACGUCGUCUGCGACUCCGAGGCCGAGGCGGCGAACCUGCUGUCGCGCGUCAAGCAGCUCGUCGUGCGACCCAUGUACUCGAGCCCGCCACUCCACGGAGCGAGCCUCGCCGCGGAGGUGCUCGGCGACGGCGAGCUCCGGGAGCGGUGGCGCGGCGAGCUCCUCGCGAUGGCGCAGCGCAUCGUCGACGUCCGCGCCGCGUUGCGGGGCGAGCUCGAGCGCCUCGACGCGGCGCCGCCGGGCGCCCACGGCUGGCGGCACAUCACGGACCAGAUCGGCAUGUUCGCCUUCACGGGCCUCACCGCGCCGCAGGUCCGGUCCAUGCGCGCGGUGGAGCACGUCUACUGCACGGAGAACGGCCGCAUGAGCCUCGCGGGCCUCGCCGCCGCGGACGUGCCCUACGUCGCCGCCGCCGUCAAGCGCGCCACGGACGCGAUCCCCUACGAGGCGCGCGUCGCCGUCGCCGCGUGA